AUGGAGGCACAAAAAAAGGAAAGCGUCGCGAGUAGCGGCAGCGGCGGCAGCAGCAUCGCCGAGAAGCUACGCAACAACAUUCAACGGUUCGACUUCAUCACGGACACCGUGGACGUGAGGGCACUGCCGACGAGUGACGUGCACCUGCGCGUAGUGCUGAACUCGGUGAUGCCGGCGCUCGCGCUCGGGCUCGUGCUGUCCGGCGCCGGAAGCUGCACGUGGUUCAUCCACCUCGGGCUCGAGACUUGCGGACGGGUCCAGCAGGGUUCUCCGUCGGCGCCGGAAGGGGACAUUGGUGCCCCCGGACCAGGUCCGGGCGCGGUGGACUGGCAAGUCCGCUUGGACUGCACAUCUACCUUGCUGUUUGGCAUACCGAUGAGCGCAGUGAAGGCCUACAAUUUGCUGACGACGACGUUCAUGGUUCUGGGCAUGUUCUCGGCUUGCCUGUUCGCGGGCGGCCUGAGUGACAGCCGUGGGCGGCGCGAAACCAUGCUGGACUUCGGCGUGUUCGGUGUUUUCGCCCACCUCUUCACGGCCUGCAGCUUCAACUGGCCAAUGUUCUUCCUCGGCCGAUUUGCGCAGGGGUUCGCGGUGGUAGGCGCGGCCGGGGUGGCGCCAACCUACAUCGCGGAAGUGGUUCCGGCGGAGGAACGCGGGAAGUACGGCACCUGGUUUCAGAUGAUGGUGGUGAUUGGCAUUCUCGUGUCCACGCUUCUCGCUCUCGUGUUUACCUCGCCACAGGAGGAGUGGACAAAUUUGAAAGCCGCCGGACCACUGGACUUCGUUGCCAAGAACGACGAUGGUGCAGUUGAUCCAACUGCCGCGUCGUCCUCAUCUCUCUUGCAGUUUUACUUUGGGGGCAGUGCCACUUUUGCCGACAACGCUGGUGUCCCGCAAGCCAAUGUUGGAACAACUACAGCGAGCACUACGUGCGUGGGCCGCGGCUCCACCACCAUCACGCCGGGGUGCCUCGACCCGUCCUCAAGUUUUGCGCAGAAGAACGGUGGACCACAAAGCCAGCACUUACCGCUGUCUCUCGAUGAUAUCGCGCGUUCCUACUACUUUCAAGCGCACGUGUGGUGGCGGUUCAUUGUUGGGCUUCCGGCGGUGCCGAUGAUGUAUGCCGUGCACCAAUGGAUGAUCAAUUUGCGGGCGUUGGAGAGUCCGAAAUGGCUGGAGAGCAAGAAACGAUUCGACGAGGCGGAAGCAGCCUACGAACUCCUGAUGCCGACGUAUGGCCAGGCCAGCAUCGCAGGCUUGAUCAAAGACGAAACGGCCGCCAUUGUGGAUAAUUCCAUUCUCCGCAAGUCGGACCGCGUCUCUGAGGAGUCGGAUCAUUCUUUCGCGGCGCGCUUGUUCGAUCCCCUAAACUUGCGUCAGCAUGGAGAAAGCGUUGUGGGGAUCUUGUUCGACCCGCUGGAUAUGCAUCCAGAUGGGGUUUCUAGCGCUUUGAGGAAGGAUGUGGAACAUGACGGCGCGGUGGAGCAAGAACAAGCCGAGCAGCACGGCAUCAUGUGGGCCUUGCAGAAUCGUCGAUUCAGGAAGGGGGUGCUGAUCGGCUGCGGUCUGGCCUUGACGCAGCAAUUGACGGGCAUCAAUUUGAUGAUCACGUCCGCGAAAUCGGUGUUCGAACGGUUUGGCAGCGACAAGGCGAGCUACUUUGCCACGGGUCUGAUGUUGUGGAAUGUGCUGCUGACGCUGCCGGCCUUUUGGCUGAUGGACUCGUGGGGUCGCCGGUCCCUCCUGCUGCUGAGCGCGGUGCUGACCAGCGUCACGAUGACCCUCAACGCGGGCAUGGAGUCCUACGGCCACUUCUUUCCCUACGGUCCGCAGCGGCCUUUAAGCCCCAUGUGCGAAUACGUGGUGGUAGCCAUGGUGUUCGUGUACCUGGCCGGAUUUGCGCUGGGCUGGGGGCCGGUGCUGUGGGUGUACCUCGGCGAACUCUUCCCGCAGACGAUCGCUGCCGGCUGCUCUUUCGGCGCGCUGCAGAUCAACAUGGGGAUUCAGAUCCCGUUGCUGUUUGUGCUGGGACUCUACAUGGACGAGCCGUUCGUUCUGUACAUCAGUUUUUCCGUCCUCAACCUGCUUUCCCUCGCUUUCGUGUACUUUUUCAUCGUGGAAACGAAGGGAGUGGACGUCGAACGCAGUCCGCUGUACAUAUCAAAUGCAAACAUGUCUGGGUCUGGUUCUGGAAAGGUUAUUAAACCUGUAUUGCAUUUUUUCGCAUUCCUGAAAAAUCUGUAUUGCAUAAGCAGCAAAUCAAGCGCCACACUUUCGUCAUGCAAAAACGCAUUUUGUAAUGCGUUCUGCGCAUGAGAAAGCGUUUGAAACAUUUGUCAUGCUGCACUGCACUUACAGGCACAGUCAAUCAUGACCAUUUUUCAGCGUUACAAGUUUCCAGACCCAGACAUAUUUGCAAUCCAUAGUACAUGUUGGGCGACGAUGAAGAGGAUGCGGAUCAUCGUUCGACCCUGGCGACGAACGCAAGCGGCGAGCAGGAGAAACAGUUUUUGUUUUACGGCUCCACGUCCAGCACUUUUUCUCCGUUUCCGCACCAGAAAAGCCUCGUUGGACCGGACAACCAACGCCCAGCGGUGAAUGUUCACACGGAAAAUAGUGAUGUGCUGGAGGAGGGCGUCUAUUAAGUUUGAAAAAGAGUUUCUACCUCUGGGACGAUGAGAUAUGUCCCUGUGUGAGGCAGGUAAGGUAAGUAAAUGAAAAAAUCACUUUAUUGAUGUAGAUGUUUCGGCCUCGUAAAAAUCAACGCAGCAUGCUAGUAUUCCGUUUUAAGCACAUCACUUUAACUCUUCAGCUAGGAUGAUAGAUCCUACGCGGCGUUUUGCUCUUGACAGGGUGAAUCUUGAAACUCCAGCAGUCGAAGGCCCGAAUCGACUUAAGGUCGGGCCAUUCCCAUUUUCUAGUAGUACUCCACCUGAGCAGAAGCGAUAGAACCAGCAAUGACGGUAAGAGUAACUAACAGCGCCAAUACAUUCUGCUCAGCUCGUUCCUUUCUCAAACGAUUUAUACGAAAGACUAAUAUCUUCAAGCCAUGCUAUCGGACAGAAUGCGAUACACAUAACUUAGAGGGAGGACUAUAUCUCUAGUAUUUUACGAUUGCGAAAUUGAAACUUGUUGUUGACUAUUUGACUGUUUGAAAAGACUUUUUGGUUGUGUAUCGUAGUUGGUUUCAUCACAAAGGAUUCUCUUAAAGUUCUAAAUUUCAUCUGUACAAUAUGUGUUGCAAACACUGCACAUCCAUGAAAAAACUCAAUGAGAAGCUGCACAGAAACGCCGCGCAUUAAAAGCAGUUGAUGUUGAUGAUUAUGAGGAUCAGCAGCUUUAUAAUUGACGCCCAGGAGUUUUUGAUGAAACGGAAACUUUAGUUGGUUCUCGC